UGGCGUAAUGGGUUUAUGCAGUUUGACGCGUGAUGCUAGCUCGGAACCCCAAGACGCGUGCCAGCCCAACCCGCAUCUCGUCCCAUCCCAUCCCAUCCCUGUAAGCACCAGACGUUCAGCAACCUGCAAACCGGCCUGUCCGGUGAUAAGAUACUACUCACCGUACUCUCUUCACGCCCGUUGUUGUAGGAUACAUACUGGAGUGAGAUUGUACACAGUGCCGCGACACUUUAGUCAUAUACGAGCAGGCCAGGUGCCGCAACAGUGGUCGUGGAGGGCUACGAUGCCUGUUCAAACGAGAGCUGCUGGCCAACCGCAGGCCUCGAAGGUGUACAGGGCUGAAGUCUCGGAGCCCAAGCAGCAGCACUUUCCGAGCCGUCGCCGCCAUAUCAAGACAUAUGGCCGCCGCACUGCUCCCAAACGCAUGGACCAAACGCUCACCCAGAUGAACUUUGUCUCGUCAGCCGCUCAAGAAGAGCUGCAACUUCUGAGCGAUGAUGAGGAUGGCCUUGGUGCAGCAGACCCAUCCCCGGUAGCGUCUAAGAAGCGCGCGAAGAAGAAGUCGGGCCGUUCAACUAGACGGAGGACCAUGGGCGAUGUGGACGAUGACCAGGAGCACGAGAAGCCGCGGGACAGCAAGAGGCGCAGGACCAUGGGCGAUGCCCCCAGUGCGCCAAGCAGCUUCCAUACACAGACUUUGACACAGUUCUUGUCUAGUACCAGCAAGGAUGAUGAUGACUGGGACAUUCCCGACUUGGACGGCGAAGACGAUCUGGGCAUCAUCAAGGAGACACCGAAGAAGAAGAAGCAGAAAGAGGGUGCUUCUGGACAUCAGGCUUUUCUGUCAGCUGCGGCCAGAUCGGUCACACCUUCCAAUCGCAUGACCAAGCUAGAAAUUCCAUCCUCUCAAUCACCGGCCACACCAUUGUUAUUGCGUUAUAGUCCUGCCAAAGAACCCUCGCCUCUGAAGAACAAGUCCGCCAACAUCGCUGCAUCGCAAUCCGUCUUGAAAGGCACCUCCAAGAUGCCCAGGGAUAAGGUCAUCCAGGACUCCUGUAGUACCACUCACAGUUCGCCUGUUACGCCAACGCCCAAGGCAAAAGUUAGAAUGAUGCCCAUAGGAACGGUCACCCCUGUAAAGAAGCUUCGUUUUGAGCUUCCGGAAGACAAGGAGAACAUUACGCCAGGGAGGACAAAACCAAAGUCCCCGAAGCCGGCGUCCCAGAAGUCUUCGAAGCGACAGCCACUUUCGGAGGUGCCUGAUUCAGAUGGCGAGUUCGAUGAUACAGAGAACGAGGAAGACGACAUUGGUGUCUCCGUAGCUGACACCCCAGAGCGCUUCACGAGGAGCAGGAGUAGUGCAGAUGAAAUCAUCAUUGCUACAGAUGCAGAUGUAGACGUAGAUGAAGUUGAAGACGAGGGCCAUGUGCAAUAUUCUGUUGGAGUAGAGACCCAAGUCCUUCUUGUCUCUUCGGGGGAUCGUUCCAGUCUAGAGCUCGGCACAACCAAAUCGCCUAGGACACCGCCAAUUGAAGAUACCAAACGUCAAGAAGGAGCCGUUGGGAGAUAUGGGUCCACGAGCAAUACACACAUCACAGUGCAGGCGGAAGAUGAAAUCAUCGAACAUAUCCCAACAGAAAAGCUUGACAAUCGGUCGGAUGAAAUCGCCGCCAAAGAACACCAGGACUACACUCAAGCCUUGACGCAAGGAAUAGAAAGUCAGCGUGUUCCACUGGAGACUAUCAAAGCCACGGGCCCGAUUACUGACAAAUCCGACAUCAUCAUCUCUAUCUAUGGCCAGCACGUUGAGAACAUGGUAGCACGAACCAAAACGCAUGAGUUUCGCGACUGGAAAUUCCCUGCGUCCGUCCAUCGUGUCUGGAUAUACAUCACGAGACCGAAGAGCGAGUUGAGAUACAUGUGCAUCUUUGGUCCACCAAAAACCGCUGGGGAGAUAGGUGGAGAUGGUAUUGGCAAUGCCGAUUUCAAUAAGGGUAUGAAGCGUUCCAAGUUCGCCUACGAAGUUCUUCACAUGUAUGAGCUUAACAAUCCGGUAUCGUUGAAGCUCCUGAAGCAGAAUGGUUGGCCGGCCGCCCCACAAAAGUUCUCCUAUGUGCCUCCGGCGGUCGUAGGUCAACUCACGUCGAAUCUUAGAUGUGCCUUAUGGGAUGGUGACACGGAUCAGGACAUCAUCCACAGCAGCCCAGAUGUUACGGAAUCCCAAGAACUUGCGGAUCAGAUCAGAAGUGACAUGAGUCAUGCAACGGAAAUAGGGGGGCCGCCGGAUCAUGCAGAGGUGAUUCCUUCGAGUCAGUCACCACCUCGAACUAUUCGGAAGAGAAGCACUCCAAGAGGUGGCAGUGCAUUCGCUAGACCAGCAUUGCCCGAGACCCUUUCUGCCUCCUCGUCUCGUUCUCUGCCAAGAUCACACAGUCAAAAGGGCCGUGGGGACCUACGUGCCUCACAAGCCACGACCAUCAGUCAGGUUUCAACGUCAAGCCCUAUGGUGUCCCCCGAGAAGUCCGUGCCAUUGCCGUCUAUGAUAGGUGCACGGCGGGCUGCGCCCCUCCGACUUCCAGAGACGAGCAGUCCCACGGCAUAUCGACAAAGCCAUCAUUCGUUACGGUCUUCGCAGUUUCCAACCAAGAGCCAGAUGCUCCCGGAUAGCUUGUUGAAUGGCGACAUUCAAGAACCACCGCCGAUUAUUUGGGAUUCAGCGGACGAUGAGUCGGAUUAACUAGUUUGUGUAAUUUUGGUUCUGGAAGCGAUAGGCGUUUAUGGACACCACGUGGGAUUGAGCACCGUAUGCAAGGUCAUGACUGUCACAUGGAAUUCACCACAAUUGGCUAUGAGCCCUGGAACAGUGGCUCGUGUAUAGCUAGGGCCCGCAUUGCCGAGGAUAUGAUUAGGGAGUUCGUGUAUUUAGGAAGCAUCAAAGUCAAUGAUAUUCAGCCACUGCGUUUGCGUGGUUGAAACCGGCAUGAUGAAUAAUUGUGCUUGAUGCGACCAGACUAGGUUUUAAGAAGACAAUUCUAUGC